CCCCCGGCACAACAACGGGCGUCCAGAGGUGUCUGUGCUCUGUUCCAUGGGGGAAUGGUUCUAUAAGAAAGAGACCUCUGGCCCUGGUGAAGGAGGCUGCCUGCCGUAGUAAGGUGUGAUGAAAGGCUCCGCAGUGUAGCACGGCAGAGGGUCCAGUAACCGAGGCCGGGACGGAGCGGGCCAAGCUUAGAGACGCUGAACCCCCAUCACGUCUGUGAAGGUGAGUAGGGGGUACAGCGAACCAACACUCUUCUGAGACGCCCUUCACCACGAUCACUGUUAAGAAUUCCAGAUACAAUGAUAAACACAGUGUGCAUGAAGACCCCUCGGAUCCUGAGACUGCAUCUAACAAAUGCUUCCUUGAUUCCUCCUGGGGUAAAAAUGCUUUCAGAUCCCGGAUCUAGGAUGAUAUCAACCCAUGAAUCCAAGAAGCUCAGAGAAUAUUACAGGCUGCUGAAUCUGGAUGAAGGAUGCUCUGUAGACGACGUCAGGGGGUCUUUUCACAAGCUCGCCAGGCAGUACCACCCAGACAGUGGUUCUAGUGAUGCUGAUUCUGCAACAUUUAUAAAGAUUGAAGAGGCUUACAGGAAUGUGCUGUCCCAUGCAAUAAAACGGAUGCGUGCCAGACGGGAUAAAGCUGAAGAUGCAGCAGCAGCAGAAGAAGAAGAAGAAGAAAAGUUCAAAUAUAAUACACCUCAGCACCGACAUUACUUAAGUUUCGAAGGCGUCGGCUUUGGGACUCCAAGCCAGCGAGAGAAACAAUACAGGCAGUUUAGGGCAGACCGUGCGACAGAGCAGGUGAUGGAAUACCAAAGGCAGAAGCUUCAGAGGGAGUACUUUGCCAACAGCAUAACUAUCAAAGACGUACGGCAGAGCAAGCAACAGAAGAUAACUCAAGCCAUAGAGCGCCUGGUGGAGGACCUCAUUCAGGAAUCCAUGGCAAAAGGAGACUUUGACAAUCUCAGCGGGAAAGGAAAACCUCUGAAGAAGUUUUCUGGCUGCUCAUAUAUUGAUCCUAUGACUCACAACCUGAACCGAAUAUUGAUAGAUAAUGGAUACCAACCAGAGUGGAUCCUGAUGCAGAAGGAAAUUAAGGAUACCAUCGAGCAACUCCGAGAAGCGCUUUUAGUGUCUAGGAAGAAGCUGGGGAACCCUUUGUCACCGGUAGAACAGAAACAAUGGGCCCAAGUGUGUGAGCGGUUUCAAGAAAACAUACGAAAGCUGAACAAGCGAAUUAAUGAUUUCAACUUGAUUGUUCCCAUCCUGACCAGGCAGAAAGUCCAUUUUGACGCACAGAAAGAAAUUAUCAGAGUCCAAGAAAUGUACGGGGCCUUCAUAGAAGCAAAAGAAGUCACAGAAGAAAACCAAACUGACAUUAGCCAGGGUGAAGAAUCGAAAACACCUAGAGUCAAGACAGGCUUUCUAAACUGGCUGAAUCUGUGGAAAUUUAUUAAAAUAUGACUGUUUUAGUAUUCAUGAUCAUUUUCCGCUCUGGUCAGUUUUGAGUUGCUCUGACGUCAGACAUAGAACCUAAGAUUGAUUGUCGUGUCCCAAGGACUUGAGAAGUAUGUGCCUUUGUAGUUUUCACAGAACUAAUCACACCCCAAUGGUAGAUGAGAAACUUGGGUGAGUUCUGCUGUAAUGAUGUAGUUAGAGGCAGACCUUGCCCCUGAGGGAGCAGGCUCUAGUGCCAAACUUCAGGUAUCUGCCUCUAGGACUGAAACACAGAGCCAAGGCCCACACAAGAAACCCCAGAGCUCUCUGAGACACUAGCAACUUAUAGGUAUUCACUGUUUGACUUUUCUAAACAUAAGUACUUAAGUAGCAAUGAAACCAAAAGGUAUAGAACUGAAGAAGUUAUAAUGAGAUUUAACCAACUAUGGUCUCCAAAUGAAAAUUUAAAACCUCAAAAGAACAAAGGAAGGAAGAAAGGAAGGAGAUACGAAAGGAAAUGAAAAAGAAAGGGGCUGGAGAAACUGCCAAGAGGUUGAGAGUCCUUGCUCCCCGCUGCUCCUGCAGAGGACCAGCAUCCUAGUCAGGUGGCUCACAACUGCCUGUAACUCCAGCUCCAGGGAUCCAGUGUGCACACACACACGUGCACACACAUGUAACAAAUUGAAAAUCUCCAGACAACAGGUAGUUUUUGCAGGUUUCCUCUAGUAUAUUCCAGAGCUUAUUAAAGCUCUAAACUGUAGGAAGGCUUUUCAAACACCCUGCUGGGUGUUCUAAACCUGAGGGUCAGAAAAGAAUAGCCUUCUGGGACUCCUGUAUUUACAAAGGCCUUCCCUGUGGGGACUGGACAAAGAAAAGGCCAAGUAGGUAGACUAACUGUGACCCACUGGCCACCAAAGUCGGUUAAACUAAGUGACUUAAAAGUUCUAAAAACGUUAGAGUUGAUUAUAUUUUUGUAACUUUUGGAGGAGGGGCAAAAAUCCUUAAGAACAAUACAAAGAUAAAAGUUCACUUGCAGUUUCUUCUCUGGUCACAAGCUGGUAUGCUAGGUUUCCAUAAAUCUUGCUUAAGUGCCAUGGUGUCCUAGAUCAGACUCCCCAGAGGUGGUUCAACAAUGUUAACCCCCAACUUAACCCUUUUUGGGACCCAACUUCCUGUCUUAGAGACCCUUUGGCAGUCUGUCUAAGAUAAGGUAUCUGAAAUGUGUUCCUUGGCAUCUUCAGUGAGUCUCCUUUCAGAAAACACGGGGCUCUCAGGCUUGGCUAAUUGCUUUGGGCACAGAAUUGGGUCCCCAGAAGGAAGCUUAAGUGCGCAGAAAGGAGCUGACCCAUUUCCAGAGCAGAGUGAAGAUGGGGGUUCAGGAGAACAGCCAAGUCAUUUUGUAAAGUCUGCGGUGGUUAAAACAUCAAAGAGGCCUACAUCCUCAAAAGGAAGUCGGGUCCUUUCUGCUUUGGUGAUGGAGCAAUUGGUUGACAUAAUAAGUAAUUUUUUGUUGUUGUUGGAAUGAGUUAUCUGGCUUCUAGUGAGAUACUAAAGGAAACUGUCAACAGCGUGGACUAUGGCUUUGUGCUAAGAGCUAUGGCUCCAGAUCAUUGUAAGAACCUGUUAUUCUAUGAUGCUUACUUUAAAAAAUGAGAGUUUGGAGUAAAAAUUGAAUGAAAUAAUUGUCAGUAUUGUACAUGAGAAGAUGAGGUUACCAAAGCUAUUAAUUAUAGUGCCAUUCACUUUAUUUGCAAAUGUCUAUAUUAAUAAAAUUACCUUAAUGAUUAUUCAGUGGUCCAUUGAUCCAUAACCAAGUAAU